UGGAUGGUCCUCAUGGAUAGACCUCCUCAAAGGGUUCGAUUCCAAAGCCAGAAAAUUGUUGAUUACUAUGUGCAGACUUUAGAGAGAGUAUUGGGCGAAGUGGUGAAAAUGGAUGCUCAAAUGUGUAUAUAUAAUGUUUCUGGCGAUGGCCAUUUGGGGUUUUGCUGUGACCUUGACGAAGAAGCAUCCCGUGAACUUGCUCGUUUACCUGGAGUUUUACUAGUUAGACAAGAUCUGGAUUAUAAUUCUGAAGAAAAAGAUUAUAGCCUUCCAAAUGUUCAAUCAAGUAAUCUAUCAAAUCCACUUGUUGGUAAUGUUCCAUUAUUUCCAUCCCGAAGAACAAAGCAUUGGCUUGUUCGAAUUGACAAGCCAGGAGUGGGGGUUGUUACAAAGGCACAGAUGGUUGAUUAUUACACUCAAAUCCUAACCAAGGUUUUGGGGAAUGAGAAGGAUGCACAAAUGUGCAUAUACCAUGUUUCUUGGCAAUCCAAUUUCAGGUUCUGUUGUGAAAUUGAUGACGAAUGUGCAAAAGAGCUAGCUGGUGUGCCUGGUGUUUUAGCUGUUGAGUCAGAUAAAAGUUUCGACUCAGAAAAUAAAGAUUAUGGUGGGAACAAUCUGCAGAAUUCGACAAUCCUGCCUGACUCUACAGAAGCAACUAAAACAACCCCAAUCAAGAGUAAAAAGCUCUUUGUAACUGGCUUAUCAUUUUAUACAUCUGAGAAAACAUUACGAGCAGCUUUUGAAGGGUUUGGUGAGCUUGUUGAAGUAAAAAUUAUCAUGGACAAAAUUUCAAAGAGAUCGAAAGGUUAUGCAUUUAUAGAGUACACUACAGAGGAGGCUGCUAGUGCGGCACUCAAAGAGAUGAAUGGAAAGAUUAUUAAUGGCUGGAUGAUAGUUGUUGAUGUUGCCAAGAGCAAACCAAGAUACAGCAGGAGCUGACCCAUGUCAGAAAGCUGAAGGAGAACAAAGAAAGUGAGAAUGCAUCUAGCAGGCUGCCUUAUUGCACCCAGAGAUACCUCGCAAAAUAGGAAGCUUACCAGAAGUACCUAUUUGUCAAAAGACUACAUAUAAUCAGAUAUUGAUACCCAAUUAAAAUUCACAUUCCGUGUAUGAUUUAUACUAGGUCAAAGGAGCUUUAGGAUUUGGUCCUCAAAUCCAUCUUCAUGCCUUGCUGCCUAAGGGAAGAUUCUGUUCGAACUUUGAAGAGAUUCCAUGAAGAACAGAACUUUGAAAUCCAAACAGCAGAGUGAAAAUCCCUUACCAAUGUUGUGUAACGGAAGAGAUGUAAUCUAGUUGAACCGAAAAUUGUUCACCCAUCACUAAUGAGCUUUAUUGAGCUUUUAUAUGUUUAUGCUUAAUAGCUUAUUGCAGUAGUUUUGAGUCA